CAACUUGGGGAUUUGGUCCGCCAAUUGGAUUCCGCCCCCAGCACUUGUAACAGCGCGUCGUUAUCCAUCCCCUUGUACUUGCCAUCAACAAUCAUCAUGGCAGAGGAAACGCCAAGGGAUCUGAAAGAGACAGAAAAGGCUGUUGAGGAUGCUUUCGAGUUCAACGAUGACGAAUCUUUUGAGGAUGUAGUGGAAUCGCUUGAUAUUGCCCCCGCUGAACCUGUUUCAGCUAUCCCUGAGGAAAAGUUCUUGGAUUCCGAAGAAACGUCUCAAGAACCUGAACCGAUCUCGGAAGAGAACGAUGAGAAAGUUGAAGAAAGUGUUCAGCCCGAGUCUCUUCAACCAGAAGAGGAAGUAGUAGAGGAAGUGGAGGAAGAAGAAGAAAGACACGAAGAACUUCAGAAUGUCGUAAACGCUUUGCAAGACUCUUUCCAACAGCUAUCAGCUACAGCCACGAAGGAAAAGGAGGAGACCGAGUUAGUUGGGCUUGGACUUGUCAUGGCAGAAGGUGAAGCCAAAGUCGAAGAACAGGUUACGGACGGUCCUCCAAAAAUUAGGACGGAUGCUUUAACCGGGGACAACGAUUUUGUUCCUCCUACUCCCGGCACUCCACCCAGUAGAAGCCCGUUCGAUCCCAACAGUCCUCCUGUGGAAGACUCCGAUGAUAUUGAAACUUAUAGUGCCAACCUUUUGGCUUUGAACAAGGUCGAUAUCAAGAACAUCGGCCCCAAUACACUGGAUGCUAGAGAACAAGAGAAGGCUGAUGAACCCGUUCUAUUGGGCAUGGCGCACCUCUUCAAUAACAGAUUUAUGAAGGCUAAAAAGGUGUUUGAGUCUGAGGCGGAAACCAACCCAUUGUUCGGUUUUGGAAUGGGUUACAUGGCAUUCUUGAAAGCUGUGAUGACAUUUGAAGAAAAGGAAAUCAAAAUUGCUAUCGACAUUUUGACGCAAACCUAUCUUAUUGCCGGUGCUCAGAUUGACGCUGCCUCCAAGAAAGGAUUUGGAGGUUCAGUCGCUCAUUAUGUUUCCUCUUACUAUAGCUAUAUUAAGCACACUCGCAGCAAAAGUCUACCACAUGCCACCCCUGCAACCAGCGAGGAAAUUCUGAAACAAGAAGUCAAGUUUUUACCAAAUGGAGUUCUCAGAGCCCACGUUAUCAAGGCCGAGUGUUGUCUGCAAAUUGCCAUACUCCAACUCGCACAAGAAACAGUUGUUGGCUAUAUUAAGUGUGGUGUAAACUUAAGAAGAGCAUACACAAGCUAUAGUUUGGUAUGGCAGGAAUACAAGAGAAUGGGCCAGGCGUAUAACGAUUACAUGGAUCGAGACACCAUCUCUGGUAUCCAAUUUGGCAUCGGCGCGGUGCAUCUCGUGCUAUCCACUCUCCCCGCUAAAAUCCUGACUUUGGUAUCCGCAUUUGGUUGGAAGGCUGACAAGCAUCUGGGCUUUGCUUUAAUCAAGCUGUGUCUUGAUAAUCAACGCAUUCGCUCACCGACCGCUUCCAUGCUCCUCCUCGGAUAUUAUACAGUUCUCACCACGUUUGCGCCUCAAAUUUUGUCACCCAUCUAUACACAACCAGCUAUUGAAACUCUGCUUGAUGCUCAGAAAAAAUAUCCUAAUUCAGCAUUCUUCCUCUACUUUGCUGGACGUACCUCUCGAUUGGCUCGCAAUCUGCCUCUUUCAACUCAAUCCUUCAAAUAUGCAUCGGAGAUUAGUAAUGCUGAGUGGGUUGAGGUGGAUAUUAGGCAAGUGUGCGAUUAUGAGAUUGCCACCAACAAUAUGAUGCAGCUGAACUGGAAGGAUGCGGCUCAGCUUUUCGAGAAAUUGUGUUCUGAAAGCUAUUGGUCUCCGAUCCUCUUCAAGUACCUGAAUGGCGUUUGUUUGGAGCAAAUGGGUAUGCGAACAGAAGCUAUCCUGGCAUUUGCUGAGGUGACCCAAAUUGCCAGCAGAAAGACCGGCAGCAAAUCCAAUAUCGAACAAUAUGUCUUGAGGAAGGUGGAGUCAUUCCAAGCAGCUGGAUAUCAAGAUUUACCCAUUACGUGCCCCGCUCUCGAGUAUUUGUACAUUAAUAAUGCAUUUGAGUUCAUGGACCAUCCCCUGUUAGAAGAAGCCAUGGAAGCUGUGGAUAUAGCUUUGGAUGAGAUUCAGGAGAGGGAAAAGGCUGAGUAUAUGCUUCGUGCUAAUGAAAUUAUGCCAACCUUGGAUCCCCCCGAUUACUACGCACAGCGCGGUAGUUUGCUUCUCAUCAAAUCUGCUAUCCUUAACUCAAUGGGACGACACCAGCAAUCUAUCAUCCACCUCAACUGGAUUGUGGAUCACAAGGAUCGUAUGACUGAAGAGAAAUGGGUUGUACCGUACGCCUUUUGGGAGGCUGGUCUGGUGACUUGGGCGGCUGGCGACAAACUCAAAAGUCGUUCCCUUUGGGAAACUGCCUUGAAUCAAUCCAAAUUUGAUUUUGAAUAUAGGCUUGCUAUUGUAAGUGUUAUUUAGAGUGACGUUCGAGAAGAAAGAGAUCACCAUACUGUGUUUAUAGUAUCUCCUGCUGUAUUGUUUGGUCAGCC